AUGGCUACCGAGGUAGCUACCACUGGGUCUGUUCCAAACGGACCCCAUGACCCUGAAAAGACCGUCGCCGAUCUCUCCAAUGGCUUAAUCGAUGUCAAACUCGACGGCCAGGCUGCAACUGAUCAGACUGCGCCCGUCACCACUACAGAGCCUGCGACUGCGAGGAAGGACUCGACCCCUGCAGCUGCAUCCACCGCAUUGCCUCCUCUACCGAGCCUUCCUCGAUCCUCCGCCGAUGGCCUUAUCAAGACUCCACUUUCUGAGCCCCUAGAAACAUCUCAGCCUGUCCAGAGACCACAAUUAACCUCUGAACAUGAAACAAAAUAUGCUACCCUACUCAGCAAUGUCCAAGCGUGGACCGAGAUUCCCGACGCGUCGACAAAGGAUGCAAAGACGACGCCCCUGACCGACUCCGAGCGCAUGUUUCUCACCCGAGAAUGUCUACUUCGUUACUGCAGGGCUACCAAUUGGGACAUUGCCCAGUCGGAAACAAGAUUGAGAAACACUUUGGUUUGGCGCCGGGAAUAUGGAGUCGAAUCGCGCACUAAAGACUUCAUCUCCAUCGAGAACGCUACAGGAAAGCAAGUCAUUUUGGGAUGGGAUAACCACGGACGCACUUGUCAAUAUCUACGACCGUCGAAGCAAAACACCGAGCGCAGCGAUCGCCAGAUUCAGCACUUGGUCUUUAUGCUUGAACGGGCGAUUGACCUGAUGCCCCCUGGUCAAGAAACACUGGCACUCCUCAUCAACUUUGCUGAGACUAAGUCCGGUCAAGGAGCCACGCUGUCACAAGGCAGGCAGACCCUGAACAUUCUUCAGAACCACUAUCCCGAGCGAUUGGGCCGUGCCUUUGUGACCAAUGUGCCUUUCUAUAUUUGGGGAUUCUUCAAAUUGAUCACUCCGUUCAUUGACCCUCUGACGCGCGAGAAGAUCAAGUUCAACGAGGACAUGGGCCUUCAUGUACCUCGGGAGCAACUGUUGAAGGAGAGCGGUGGACUGGUGGAGUUCGAAUAUGACCAUGAACAGUAUUGGCCCGCGUUGAAUGGACUAUGUGAAUUCAAGAGGGCGGAGCAACAGGCAAGAUGGAAGACAGGGGGGAAGCGGAUUGGGGAAUACGAGGGAUACCUCAAAGGGACGGAGGAGAAGAGUCUGAGUGAAAGGGAGCAGGAGGUCGAAGUGGAAGGCUGA